CAUGGGAAGGUGACGUCGAUGCAUACCCUCUUUAAUCGCCAGGUUCCACUGCGCAUGUCGGUUGCAAAAGACUACCGGGAAAAUGUCGUGUUGCGCUAUAGGAUGCCAGAAUCGGAAAUCUGUAAACGGUGGUCUUAAGUUUUACCGAAUACCAUCAACUUACACUCCUUUUAAUGCAAACCGAAGACGUCUUUGGUUACAAGCCCUCCGAAGAGCCGAUUGGAACGAGGACCAAAUGAAAAAUGCCCGACUCUGCAGUUCACACUUUAUAUCAGGAGAGGUAUCCAUGGACUUCAAUAGUCCCGACUUUGUCCCUUCUGUCUUUUCCUAUUCAACCCAGUGUGAAAUAAACAAAGGCGAUGCAAAACUUGAGAGCUUUAAGAGGAAAAGAAAAGGGGAUGAAACCAUGCACAGACCUCCAGAAGAUGUACAGCAGUCCGACGAAGUAACUGUUGAGUUUGCAUCAGAAUCUUCAAGAGCUUGCCUGUCCUCAGUUGACUGCAGAUUGGAGCCUGGUUCUGGUCCUUCCACUGAAGCCCCAGUCCCAAAGGUUCUCCAUGAUGAUCUGAAAAACAAGUACAGCCAGCUUUCUGCAGAGUGUGUCAACAUGCAUUCGGAGAUUGACAAGGAACUAAAACUCAGAAAUACACAAUUUUCAUGUACAUACCCAGCCAAACAGCUCGACAUGGGUAAGAAACAGGCAAGCAAAACCAAGAAGGAUACUCCACAGCCCGAAGAGUUUGUGGUGGAGAAAGUUAUAGACCAGCGGGUGGUAAAUGGGAAGGUUGAGUUUUUCCUUAAAUGGAAAGGCUUUACAGAGGCUGAUAACACCUGGGAGCCUGAAGAGAAUUUGGACUGCCCCGAACUGAUUUCUGCCUUUCUGGAAUCUCAGAAAGGGGUAGUUGAAAAACCAGACGCCAAUAAAAGAAAAGCCUCCACUGGCUCGGAUACGGAAACCGAAGAGAGUAAGGCCAAGAAAAAGAAGGACGUGCCCGAAAAGCCUAGAGGGUUUGCAAGAAACUUAGAGCCAGAGAGGAUUAUUGGAGCAACUGACAGCAGUGGGGAGCUCAUGUUCCUCAUGAAGUGGAAGGACUCUGAUGAAGCAGACCUGGUACCUGCACGAGAGGCCAACACUCGGUGCCCACAAAUAGUUAUCGCCUUCUAUGAGGAAAGACUGACUUGGCAUUCGUGUCCUGAGGAUGAGCAACAAUAACAUCAAAAAAAAUUGCUGAAUGGUUCUGUGGUGUUUUCCUCCUGGACAUUAUCUUUCGCCAGCUGAUGUGUGGGUAAACUGACAGUGGAUGAUUCUUUUAAGUAUUGAUUGGCCUGUAAACUAUGUGCAUGACUGAAUUGAGCCAGUGAAAUUAUGUAGAAGGAUGAUUGAGGAAUGCCUUUUUAAUAGGAUGCUUAGGCUCUUCAUUUGGACUGUCACCAGUGCUGUUCAUAAUAAUGCAUUGACCUGUUUUCUUCACCACGAUUGUAAUCCUCUUAGAUAGACAAGAAACAUUUCUUUUAAUUCCUGUUUCAUUAGGUUGACGUUCUUAUUAGUUCCCUCCCAUUUUGUUUACAUUACUGUAAAUGUUUGUGUAAAUAUUUUUAGUUCAAUAAAGGUGUAUAUGCCUGCUUUUUAUCUGCUUCAAUGUGUAUUGUAUGAUCUAAGGCCACCAGUAUCUACUUUGGGUACAAAGCCGUUGCUGGCUGAUUUUCAAACAUCCUUUAAUUUUUCAACAUCUAAGUUUGUUUGUUUGCAUGAUUUUUGUCUAUUAUUUUCAUUGCUACUUGUUACAAGAUUAAUUUUCAAACAAAUCUGUGGGUCUAUGUAUUGAAUUGAAAAUGAAACGCUGCUCUGUGAAGCCGCAAUGAUUGGAGAACUUAUAUACAAUUGGUGUAAGUAAUCUCUGAAAAUUACUCUUAACUAAAAAAUGAGAUCUGAAAGUUAAUCUUUUAUAUGGAUAGUUUUGACCAAUAAGAGAGGUGUGGCUACUCUUUAAGAAAGUGUGAUUUUACUACAGCAUUUUUUCUUAAUGCUUUUGAUCUGUUAUGCAUUGGAUGUCUUUUAGCUGUCUAUAUGUAAGUAGUGACUUAAAACUCAAAACUGAGUGUUCUUUUUCAUUAAUCCCCUGUGUGUGUAACAUCUUUGUAUUUGGUUCAGUUAGGAUUCAACAGAACUGUUCUAUUGUUCCUACAACAUGUGCCUGUUUCUCAAUUAGAUUUUCAGUAAAAUCUUGCGAGUUUUGUA